UUACUCCCGUAACAUGUUCUCCAGGGUCCUUUGCGGGCUCUGUACAGACUGUACUCCGUAUGAAACCAGCUAGUUACCAGGAGAUGUUAACCGCCUCAAGACGAUACGAUACUGUAGGGCAAAACGUCGCCACCUCACCUGAAGAGUCAAAGUCUGUCCCCCCGUGUUUGGUAAUGUAAAGCAUCUUACGCCUUUCUCGAUUGAGGCUAGCGCAGAAACUCUUACUCAGCUUCUCGAGGCUUCUUUUGCCAUCCCCCAAGAUCAAUAUCAAUAUCAACCUUCAACCUGCGUCUUUGUUUGUCUGUCCAACUCCAUCCUUUUCGCCUUGUAUACCCUCUCUCCUGUUUCUGCCAUAGCGAAACUCCAUCCCUUUAGUAGCUUCCACUCGUUGCUAUUUCUGUUUACGGAAUCCUUUUUUUUUUUUUUUUUUUUUAAAUCGAUAACUAGCUGCUACAAGCGCAACUUCUCUUCUCACAUUACAAACCUCCAUCUACCAAUAUAAUAUGUCUGAAGACUGGGACUCCGUCACCCGUAUUGGAAGCAGAGCCCGCGGUGGAGGCGGCGGUGUCCGGGAGACAGUUGUCAGAGGGCGGUCUGCGUUGAACGCGGCAGCCCGAUCCGGUGCCAUCAUCGGGACAGAGAAGAAAUAUGCUACUGGGAAUGCCGCAUCCAAACCCCGCGUAGAAGGACAACAUCUCACCAAAGUCGACCGAAGUGAUGACAUUAUCCCCCUGCAAUCCGUCGGCGAAGAGGUCGGGAAGGCCAUCAUGCGCCGCCGCAACGAAGAGGGCUUCAAAAUGACACAGAGGGAGCUCGCUGCCAAAUGCAACACAACACCGGCCAUCAUAGCUGACCUGGAACAGAACAAGAAGGGCGCGGAUAAAAAGAUCCUACCGCGGAUCGAGAACGUGCUUAAUAUCAAGCUCACUGGGCGUGAUAUUGGGAAGGAAAAGUUUCCGAAGAGGAAAUGAGGGAUUACUGGAGGGUGAGGCUCUGGGUUCCAUUUUUUUCAAAUGAAGUUUCUCCUUUUGGGCUCUUUUUUUGGUAGGGACGGGAAAGGGAAAAAUGUUAUACGUGCUGUGAAGGAAAUGUUUUAUUUGGGAUUUUUUGAAUUGGGGUUCCAUUUUUUUUUUUUUUUUUUUUUUUUUUUUCCGUCUUUGCCGCUCUCUUUUAGCUUGCACUUAUGAUGAUAUACACGGGGCGUGGGCUGGAUUUCGGAGAUGUUAGAAAGAAUGGGAAAUAUGACAAAAAAAAUUCAACGAUGGUUUAUGACCAUAUUCCCCCUUUAUCUUCUCUAUACAAAGUUAAUAAUCCAUGUUAGAGAGCGUUCUUCGAUCUUUCUAUAUACUUCUCAAAUCAGAUGGGGAAAAAAAAGGAAUAGACGCUUGAGGAUAUAGAGGUAUAAAACGGUAAAAUCAAAGCGGUAUGAAUCAGUUUCAGUAAGCACCAGCGAUAUCUCCCUUCUGUAGAGAGAGCGUUUUUGAAACAGGUGCCACAUUCUGCCAAAAUCAUAAGGAAAACAUAUCCGCCACUCCUGUAAGAUCUGGUCCACUGUUGAUAUCAACUUUCCCUCCUUCCUGCACAUCCAUUUCCGUCGUAUAACGUUCCUGGAGCGCGGAUUUGGGUUUCCUCCGCGCUGGUGGGGGACCAGCAAUGCGCCCCUGCUCGCUAAUGCUCACGCCCCGUAAACCCUCUAAUAAGUCAAGAACUAGAGCUCUUUGUUGGCGGCCGGACCUAGACUCUCUGAGCGCGGCAUAUGUAGCCGCAACUUUGCUCUUCGGCAUAUCUGGCAGGCUUUCUAUGAUCUUAGUAGGUGUAUCGCUGGUGGGGCCAUACGCUAUCCAAAUGGAAGCGAUAAGUUGCGCCAGCUCCUUUUGCAUGUCGACGAAAUAGGGCUCGUGGACGGACGUGAUACAUGCUUUUAGGAUAUCUGUGCUGAUGAACUCGCGGAUACUUUUCGCAGU